GAGAGAGAGAGAGAGAGAGAGAGAGAGAGAGAGAGAGGAUCGCUGCAUUUCAUGUUCGGAGCGCCGACCCCGCGCGCCUCUAAUAUGCCCUGCCAGGAGGGCGCGUCGGCGCAGCUGUCGGAUCAGGGGGAGGUCAUCCUGUCCGACCGCGAGGUCAUGAAGAAAACGCUCAUGCGCGGAGAGCCCGUGACGUUUGGGCAGGACGUGUGCGACUCGGUUCGGGCGAAGAAAAAGGACACGGCAGUGGGCGGAUGAACACGACGGCCUUCCGGCUGCACCACUGGAAGGCCGUGAUGCGCGCCGGGCUGGAGAAGUACCGGAUCGGCAGGCACGACGACGGCGCGGGCGCGGCCGAGCGGCCGGGCGCGCCGCGGAUCCACGUGGCCUUGCCCGCGGUGGGGGGUGACCCGAGCAAGGCGACUGGGUGCCACAACCGUUUAAUGAUGCUGUGCGAGAUGUCCCUCCAGACGCACUCGGGCGCCAUCGAGGCGAGGGAGAGUCGCAAGAGGAAGAUGGACGACAGGGGCCCGGCCGGCGGGGCGGCCCCGAGCAGGGCGAGGAUGUCCGCGGCCAGCGGCGCGCGCGGUGGCGCGCCUGUCGGUGCAGCGGGCCUCGGGCAGCAGCGCGCCGCGCCCUCGGAGCAGCCCAGUAGCCCGCCCAGAGGCGCGGAGGGCCCCUCGCGGCACGCGAGCGCGCCCGGCGCGUCGUCGCGGCCGCGCGGGGGCCCCGCGCGCCCGAGCAUGGCGCCCCGCGGUGGUCGCGCGCCAGGGGCGUGGUGAGCGGGGUUAGCGGGCAGCGCAAGCCUCGUUGUCAUGAAAGGCCCGCGAGCUGGCGCCGUCGCGCCGCCUUGCGAGGCAGGUGGGCCGACCGAUCUGUGAGGCCCAGCGGAGGAGUGCGCGUUCGUGAGGCGGCGGCCUCCUUGAGAGGGCGAGUUCUAGGGUGCUUCGCAGGGGCGCGGCGCGCGCCCGCGACGCGGGCGCGGGCCCCGUGCGCGUGGAGUGCGCCGCGCGCGGACAUUUGAGCGAGCGCGGCUUUUUGCGUGGAGUGAGCCACGCCUGAAUUGAAGCACGUUUGCUUGGGACACGCAUGGCGAGGAGGCGUUGUGGCGCCUCGCUUGCGAGGGCGAUUUUGACCUGGUGCCCUCCCGAGAGCUAGACCUUUUGCGUGGAGUGAGCCACGCCUGAAUUAAGCACGCUUGCUCGGAACAUGCACGGCAUAAGGGGCGUCGCGGCGCCUCGCUUGCCCUGGCGCCCUCCCGAGAGCUAGAUCGCAGGCGCGGUGCGCGGCGUUGCGUGGAGUUUUGAGCGCCGCCCCUUCAAGCGCGUGCUUGCGAUGGGGGUGCGCGCGUGUGGAGUGAGCCACGCGCGCGCGUCUGGCGGCGCAGUCUGCUUCCUUUCGUUAUCGCCUUGCUCCUUUUUUCUCCACGUACAGUUCUUCUCACUCCAGGUGGAAUGUCCCC